AUGUCUACUCCAACAAGUCUGGGCUCUGUGGGACGAAGAAGGACCUGUGUGGUGAUAAAACUGCAGAGGUCAGUUCAUUUGAUGUCCGCCAAUGGCCUCUUGAUAGGCAUCCCGCGCCAAUGCUUGAACAACUUACUGAUAGCUUGGCCAUCAUGUAACAUCGGCGAUACUCCCAUUGCUCCUACGAGGCUUGGUCGACAAAAAGCCGGCCCUAUUACGGGUUGCUGCCUGAGGAAGACCCAUUCCGACAUCAUCUCUUCCGUCGCCACAAUCAACCCAAACACCUUUAAGACAUAG